GACUCCUGUUUCUGUUGCUUACUCCGCCGCUUUCUCUUCUGUGCGACAGCAGGCAUGGCUUCAGAUCGUAAAAUUUUUUUGUUUGAGGAUGUCGCCAAGCACAGUCAAAUAAAGGAUUGCUGGCUUAUAAUCUCUGGGAAGGUGUAUGAUGUUACUUCAUUUAUGGAUGAUCAUCCUGGAGGCAGUGAGGUCCUACUAUCUUCCACUGGCAAAGAUGCAACAAACGAUUUCGAAGAUGUUGGCCACAGUGAAUCUGCCAGAGAAAUGAUGGAAAAAUACAUCAUCGGUGAGAUCGACUCUUCAACUAUUCCACAGAAACGUGGAUAUCUUCCGCCUCAGGAAGCAGCUUACAAUCCUGAUAAAACACCGGAGUUUGUGAUUAAGAUAUUACAGUUCCUGGUACCUCUGUUGAUCUUGGGCUUAGCAUUUGCUGUCCGACACUUCACAAAGAAAGACUAACCAAAUCAUUCUUGCUUCUUUAGUCUUUCACAGUGCCCAUUGGUUUCUUCUGCUUCUCUAGAUUUGGUUACUUCGAAGAGGACUUGAAACUGCUUUUUGUUUGGUCUACUGCCAUUGCCUUGUUACUGAAUUGAGACCAUCAUAUAGGGAUAAUAAUGCA